CGCAUUAUUUUAGUCCAUUUUUAUUUGUGAUUAAAACUGUGACGUUAGCUGUGCUUCCUACACAGUGUGCUAAGUUUAAGACAAAAACCGAAAAGUGCCUUACCAAGUGUUUUUGGCUUGAUGUGCUUGUGGAUAUUUGACGUGAGAACGGAUCACAAGGACGAAUGGGUUUAAUCUGAUUACUUUCCCUCUCUCGUCAGAUUAAGGUUAUGAAUAAUCACGUUGAAAGGAUUAUAUUGAAGAGGGAAACGGAAGUGGGAUGGGGCAGAAACAUGAGAGAAAAAGAGUUUAGGGUAGUUUAGCAUCAAGGCUAAAACAAGUUAAUGUUCAAAAAGCUUUUUGUGUCUCAACUCUGUUGUUAGCAUGUCUGCUAAUGUGUCAAUGUUAGCUGCAAAUGGCUUUGUUUACCUCACUUUGUUAUUAUUUUGACAAUCUAAAGUUAGCAUCUAUGCUUUAAUGUAAAUAAAAAAAUGCUAGCUACAUAGAGCUUUAUCUCGCAUAGUAAUUUCCACAAUCUAUUGUGCUAAAAUAUAUUUCAAAAAUAGUUAGCUGCACAAGGCUUAGUUAACCUCGGUUUGUUAUAAUCUUAAUGACCUGUAUUUAGCAAAUGAAAAUGCGAGCUGCACAGGGCUUUUUAACCUGGCGUUUUUGUCAUUUCCACAAUCUGUAGUUAGCAUCUAUGCUAAAAUGUAUGCAAAAAUGUUAGCACAGUGCUUCAUUUAUCUCACUUUGUUACAAUUUUAAACAGCUGUACCUAUAGCACCCUGACUAAAACUGACAUUAAAUAUUCUAGCUACACAGGGCUCUUUUUACAUGACAUUGUUGUGGUUCUACAAUUUGUAGCAUAUUAAAAUGUGUGUAAAAAUGUUAGUUUCACAGGGCUUUAUUUACAUCACUUUAUAAAAAUCUUGCAUUAGAAAUGCUAAAUCUUGCAUUAGAAAUGCUAGCUGCACAGGGCUUUUUUUAUCACUUUCCACAAACUGUGGUUUCCGUUUGUGCUAAAACGCUUAUUAAAAUAUUAGUUGCAUUGGGCCUAACCUACUUUAUGAUUUUGACAACUGUAGUUAGCAUCCUUGUUAAAGCAUACAUUAAAUGUGAACUGCAUUCACCUUUGUGUUGUAUUGUUAUUUGCAAGGCUACCCACAAAGCAAAAUUUCUCUGGGCCACACAUUCAGCUUUUGCUUGGCCACGUGCUGCAGUGAUUUACAGUACACGAUUGGACCAAGUCUGGCUUCCAUACAUGGGCCAAUCAUGGACCAAAUCAGGGCCAAGUCUCAGCCAAGUGAAUAACCAUUAACUGGGCCUGAACUGGGCCAGAUAUGUUGGUCUUUCAUGACAGAAGUAAAUUUGAUAAACCACGCUUUUUCUCGAAGCGACCCGAUUGGUAGAAUAUUUUACUUACUCAAAAAUAAUUCAAAUGCAUUUUAAAAGUGGGUCAAGAUAGGCCAAACUUACAUAGCCCACACAUACAUUUUUACCAUCUGGUCCAAAUGCUACAUUUGAAAUCUGGACCAAGUAUUGUGUGCUGCUUUAAAGACGGUACCACCUCUGCCAAACCCUGGCAAUGUAUAGCUCACAUGCUGUAUGCCAGUGCCGGAUGAAUGCCUGCUGUGCCAGCCUUAUACCAAAUCUGGGCAAGAAUACUUUGCUACCUGGGUAGCAUCCAUGUUAAAACAUAGCAGCUUUACAAGGCUUUGUUUAACUUAUAAUCUUAAUGAUCUGUAUUUGCUAAAUGUAUGUAAAAAUGUUAGCAGCACAGGGCUUUAUUUAUCUCACUUUGUUACAAUUUUAAACACCUGUACUUAGCACCCUCACUAAAACUGACAUUAAAUAUGCUAGCUGCACAGCGCUCUUUUUACAUGACAUUGUUGUCGUUUCCACAGUCUUUGUUUACCUAAUAACAGCAUCUUUGUUUAAUCUUACUUUAAAAAUGCUAGCACCACAGGGCUAUCUUCAUCUCUUUAUAUAAUCUGUAGUUUCCAUAUGUUCUAAAAUGCGUACUGAAAUAUUAGUUGCACAGGUCUUCACUUACUUAAUUAUUUUGACAAACUGUAGUUAGCAUCCUCAUUAAAGCAUACAUUAAAUCCUAACUGUAUACGCCUUUGUUGCAUUGUUCUUUGCAACACUUGCAUCCAUGUUAAAACAUUUUAGCUUCACAAAAGAAUUGGCUUCACGAGGCUUUGUUUAACUGGCAUUAUCGAUUUCGAGAGGCUAUAGUUAGCAUUUGUGUUAACUUAAAAAUGUACAGGCUUAUCUUUACAUCUCAUUGUAAUUUCUAUAAUCUGUAGUUAGAAUCUGUGUUAACGUAUAUCAAAAAACAUUCGCUUCACUGGUUUACCUCACAUUUUUAAAAACAUUUCUGUAGUUGGCAUUCAUGUUAAAACUUAGAUAUGCUAGCUAUUCAAUGCUUCUUUACAUCACAUUGUUGUACUUUUAUGAUCUGUAGCUAGCAUCUGUGUUAGCUUUAGCUUCAUAGCUUUAGCUGUGUUAACUUUAGCUUUGUUUACAUAAUUUUUGUAGGUAGCAUCAGUGUUAAAAAUGUAUUAUGCUAGCCAUACAGGUUUCUUUACAUCACAUUUUGUUGCAAUCUGUAAUUAGCAUCUUGUGUCAGCUUCACUAGCUUUAGUUCAAAACUAUACUAUGUUACUUUUGUCAAAACUAUUAGACCGCAGAGCGUUCUUUACCUUGCAUUGUUUUCAUUUUCACAAUCUACAGUUAGCAUUCUUCCCUAAACAUAUGUCAAAAUAUUAGCUGCACAGGGCUUUCUUUACCUCACAAUGUUAUGAUUUUGUCAAUCUGUAGUUAGCAUACUUGCUAAAAACUUAAAUUAGACUAUUUGCCUCUCAGUGAUUUAUUUACCUUACAUAUUUUUCAUUUGUACAGUCUGUACUUGGCAUUCUUGAUAAAACGUGUUAAAAAUGUUAGCUGCACAUUGUUGACAUUAUUUCACAAUCUGUAGUUAGCAUGCUUGCUAAAACCUAACCAUUAUGUUAUUUGCACAGGGCUUUGUUUACCUUUCUACUAUGACAAAGUAUAAAUACAUGUUUAAGCAUAUUUAUAAAAAGAAAAGCUUUUAUAAUUAGACUUUUGGGAUUGAGAUAAAUCCACUGCAUGAUGCUCACCUUGCUCAGGCCUGUCAGGGUGGUGAUGUGUGAUGUCUGUGUGAAGGAUUUUUUGUGGUUUUAUUGUUGUUGCGUAUUUUACAGCAUUAGGAACUGUGGGAAAUUUUGACCCUCCCAACAGGUCAAUGACGUUGCAAGGUGUAAGCAACGCAGAGAAGUUUGACUAUGUGUUGAAUUUCAUGAAGAAGUUGGCAGGAAAUGAAUAUGUUGGUUUCAGCAAUGCUACUUUUCAGUCAGAGCGAUUGUCAGGAGACAGAAACUUUGCCAUUGGAUACUACUUGAAGGAGAAGAAGUGUUUCCCAGAGGGCACCGAUAUGAUCUCCAUCCUGGACCUUUACUUUCAGCUGUGUUCCAUUGAGGUGACCUGUGAAAGUGCCAGUGUUAUGGCAGCAACUCUGGCGAACGGCGGCUUCUGUCCAAUCACAGGCGAGCGAGUGGUCAACCCCGAGGCUGUGCGAAACACUCUGAGCCUCAUGCACUCCUGCGGCAUGUACGACUUCUCUGGACAGUUCGCUUUCCAUGUUGGUCUGCCGGCUAAAUCAGGUGUUUCUGGAGGCAUCCUGCUGGUCGUGCCCAACGUGAUGGGAAUCAUGUGCUGGUCUCCACCUCUUGACAAACUGGGCAACAGCGUGAGGGGAAUCCAGUUUUGCACGGAUCUGGUCCAACUGUUUAAUUUCCACAACUAUGACAAUUUGCGGCACUUUGCCAAGAAACUGGAUCCACGCAGAGAGGGCGGAGACCAACGGGUCAAGUCUGUCAUCAACUUGCUGUUUGCGGCCUACACAGGGGACGUGUCUGCUUUGAGAAGGUUUGCCUUGUCAUCGAUGGAUAUGGAGCAGAGAGAUUAUGACUCGAGAACUGCUCUUCAUGUAGCUGCUGCUGAAGGCCAUGCUGAGGUUGUGCGUUUUCUGCUAGAAGCCUGUAAAGUGAAUCCAGUGCCCAAGGACAGGUGGGGAAACACUCCGAUGGAUGAAGCCAUUCAUUUUGGCCAUCACGAUGUGGUAACAAUCCUGCAGGACUAUCACAACACCUACAGCCCGAAGGAGAGCAGCGCCGACAGCGAAAAAGAGACGGCAGAGAAAAACCUUGACGGGAUGCUGUAGAGACAGUUUGUUGUGUGUGUCUGAGGUAUGCAUUUAUACAAAGAAAACGUACAAAACGCUAAAAAAAGGACGUGUUUGGCCACUUUUACCCUGUUUUGUGGUGUUUGUGUGUGCGCGUGAUGUUUAACUUAGUUUUAUCGUACACUUGGAGGAAUGUAGCCUCAUACAAGUCUUAUUUAGCUGUAUCUUCAUGUCAACAUACAAUAUAAAUUCCAUACACUAUAUAUAAAACGUGUAUAUAUAAAUAGUUCACUUACAGUCAUACAAGCAAAAUGAUGUCAAACUGAUAUUUAAGAAAAGGCAGCUUGGUGAGAGCGGGAAGCGUUGGGCGGGAAGUGUUUGGAUUUAUUUUUAUAUUUACAUUUGUUUUCUUUAUUCUGUAUUUUAGUCGAUAGUCGUGAGGAAUGGUAGUAAUUUAUGCCUUUUUUAUUUUCGAUUGUAUAGCAUCUUGUGAAUAUGCUACUAAUGACGACGCUGUUCUUUGAUUGUCAAAAAUAUUUGCACUUUUAUUUUAUUAUAUUUAUUCAACUUUACUUUCUUUAAAUGAAAUUGCAGUAAUGCUUGUUUUUUUAUUUACAUGCUAGUUUAAUCAGUUUUCAAUUUGUUAACAUAAGUUUGGUGUAACUAAUAUUUAAAUUUAACAGCAUUUGUUAAACUAGGUUAAUAUUCAUUUAUAUAUAGUUUUAAUUCCUGAUUGUUUAAUUUAAUGUAUGGUAAUAAUGUCUAACUUUACAGAAAUGUAGUAAUUGAGUAUAGCCGAGGUUAAUAAAUGCUGUUAAAAUAUUAUUUAUUGCAACCAAAAGAACCAUUUUCGCACUUGCGUGUUUUAUUGCACUCCAAGAAUUUACCUUGAUCUGCUUUACAGUAUGCUGUUAAAAUCUUUAAUAUUAGAUAAGUAGAUUGGUGUAAAAUACUGGAUUCGUUGACGGUUUACUUAGCCGAUGUUAACAAAAUUAAACCUAAUGUUACCAAAUUCACUUUAAAGAACUAGAAAGUCCAUUUUCAUACAGUCUUGUUUACUGUAGUACAGGAAUGUCCUGUACUUGUUACAUAUUUAAAGUGAAUAAUUACAGUUUAGACAUACUGUAAAGUGUUGCGGAAAUUGCUUAAAAGCGUUAAAAGUACCAUAUUUUAACAUUCCCUUUCAUUGUGAUUACAUUUAAUUUCUGUAUUUGAUUUCUAUUGAAAGUUAUUGUAAUGUGCUAAUGAAAUAUAUUCGUACAUUCCGACUCAUUGUACUACAAGAGUUUCCUAUAUGUGACAGCUUAAGGAUCUACAUCACAAUGUUGUAAUUUAAUAAUAUAGUUAAGUCGACGGGUAUUAAAAGAAUUCAGACUGUUUAUUGUAUUUAAUAGCUUUCGCACUUUCAGUUUGCUUGCAUAACUUAAUUGUUUAGGACAAUUCGUUGUAACUGGCUCUGCUUACAUGACAAUGAUAAAAGUUCUUCCUUAAGUAUUUUAAAAGUUUCACAUUUAGACGACAAGUUUUUAAAAUGAUAUAUGUUUACAAAUGUUAGCAAAAACAGCAAGGAAACACUGUAUUUAUUAUUUAAUAACUUUCUGACUUUCAAUUUGUUUACAUAAGUCUUAAGGAAAAAUUUUUGUACCUGGCCAUGGUUCGACGACAAAAAUCUAGUUGAAAAUGGAACAAUUUUACUCUUGCGUUUCGAAAAGAAAUUUCAAAUAUUUUUAAAUGCGACUGUUUUCAAAAUGUCCCACAUUUACACAUAUCCACAAAAAUGGCUAAAAUACAUGUAUUAUGUAUGCCAGUCCAGUAUUUACCACUGUCACCUUGUUAGUAAACCGUACCUGUAGAAAUGUGCAGUUGGCGGCUUGUGUCUAUAGCUACGUCCGAAAUUGCAAAUACUACUACUCGAGUAGGUACUACAUUUAAACUUAAACUUACUUCACAAUCAUUGGAAAAGUUUGUUCUAAAUAGUAUGAAUGUAAUUUGAAACUUCUACAUCCGCUAUAUCAUUAUCACAAGACUUACCCACGUCAGUUGUGCCACUCUCCUUCUUAAAUUCUCUUGCGCAGCCUUAUGGGAUAGUAAAUCCAUUGAGAAUCUCACCAGAAGUAGUGGGUCAUCCAGGUACUUCUCACCUACUGUUUUUCAAAUGCUACGAAUACUCUGCAUACAUUUACCAUACUAUAUAGUAGGAAAUUAUACGAUUUCGGACACACCUGUGUCUCCGUUUUUGGUUGUAAUGUGGAAUAAAUCCAAAUUUAGCAAAUUAAACAUUUGGAAACACUUGAGCAGCAAAACUACUACGUACUCCGCCAUCGUGUGUUUAUUUGCUCUUGAAUUUAAUCUAUGUUCCCCCAAACACAUAGCAUGCACAUGCAUGAUGUCAUCGCUUUUAAAUUUCACUUUAGUUUUCAGGUGUUUACACAGACACAACUACAACGGCAUUUUCAAAUCCAUCCACUUUGAAACGGUUUGCAUCUUUAGUCCCAAAAGCACUAUUGCCAUGUAAACGAACAGGUAAAACGUAUAAUAUGUUUCCCAUUUUUGGCUAAAAAAGGUUGUUGUGUAAAUAGCCCCUUGUUGUACUACAAAAAUUCACUUUAUUUGAUUCCUAUUUUGAGAUAUUGUAAUGUUUUUCGAAAGUCCUAGAAAGACACGUUUCAUACCUACCUUUUUAUUUACUAUAUUUGUAAUUUAAUACUUUAAAUAGAUGACUUAAUUCCUGUAUUUGAUACCCGUCUACUUAACUAAUUAAAUAUAUUGAAAUGUUGUCGAAAUGGGUGUCAUUGUAGCGCAGUGGAUAGCACGAUUGCCUCACAGCAAGGUUCAAGUCCCGGCUGGGUCAGUUGGCGUUUCUGUGUGGCAUUGGCAUGUUCUUUCGUGUUCACUUGGGUUUCCUCCAGGUGCUCUGGUUUCCUCCACAAGUCCAAAGACAUGCGCUAAAGGUGUUUGGUUAAGCUAAAUUGCCCGUAGUGAAUGAGUGUGUAUGGUUGUUUCCCAGUGAUGGGUUGCAGCUGGAAGGGCAUUCGCUGCAUAAAACAUAUGCUGGAUAAGUUGGCGGUUCAUUCCGCAGUUGCAAACCCAGAUUAAUAAAGAGACUAAGCCGAAAAGAAAAUGAAUAUUGUCGAAAUUACUUUAAAGCACAAGAACAACCAUUUCCCUUCUUCCCUUCACUGUAGACUUCCCUGUAUUUAAUAUGUUGACGAUCUACAGUAUAAUACGUUUUAAUUUCUUAAGAUUCAUAUUUUGGUAUUAAAUACCGGUAUUUCUAAUGUUUUUAUUUUGGUAACACUUCGACAACAUGAAUUUAGUGUUACCAAAAUUACAAUUCCAUUUUUGGUUUUUAUAAUUUGUCAUUGUACUACAAGUGUUCCUCCAAAAUAUUGAUAUUACUGAAAUUAAAGCACUGGAAGGGCCAUUUCUGCACCUGGCUGUUUAAUGUAAUACUCACAUUUUCUUUAAUUGACACCUUAACCCUUUACAGGGCACUCAUUGAAAUGCUCAGUGAAAAAACUUCCUGGAGUGCCACUGGGGGUUAUCACAGGACCAUUAAAGUUUUAGAAUUUGAGACACUGUAACCAGUGUCAAUGAAGUAGCCAUAUAUUCUUUGCCUGAUAAAGGGUUAAUGAUCUAACACCAACUGUGCGUUCACACCAAAAUCGGCGAGAGCGUCAAAGUAGCAGGAAGUCAUUCAUUUUUUUAAUGGAAGACCGCAGCGAUAAGCAACAAGGAGCUGAGCAGCUUGUCUUUGCCAGUGUGGGCGUCGAGGAUAGUUCAAAUCAAGUCAACUUUAUGGUAGUGAUUUGGCAGCAAGCAAUCGGAAUAUAGAAGUCCACCGCUUGAAAGGAUUCCAGUGAACACAGUCCUGUGAACUUAGGUUCCAAUCACAGUUGUUCCCAUGGGUUUGAUUCUUGCGCUCGCCGGAUUUCCAAUUAUUUACGAACAGGGACGUACAUUUAAAAAAAAGUUACUGGCGAGUUACUGAUUAUACAUUAAUGUUAUAUUAGUUUAAUAUAUAUAUUGCAUAUAUGCAUAAUCAUAUAUAUAAAUCAGGGGGCUAAUAUAUAUAUAUAUAUAUAUAUAUAUAUAUAUAUAUAUAUAUAUAUGUAUAUAUAUAUAUAUAUAUAUAUAUAUAUAUAUAUUUGUCUUAAAAAAGUGUGAAUCUCACGCUAACUGUACUGACAGUACAAAAGAGUAUUGCUGCUUCAGAAUAUUUCAGGCAUAUGGACACAUAUUGGCUAAGUGGAGCAAAGCUACACCACACGCAACAACUUCCAUGGUUAAAUGAAUUUGAUAAAAGGCGCACAACAUUUUUAGGCUUGAAAGCAUGUUUUUUGCAGGAAUGUAACUAAUUUGCUACAAAGGCUCCUAUAAAUAUGAGAUCAAUGUCGACUUCAAUAGACUAGUGCGUCAACCUUGGUGCUCACGGCGACCCAAGUUCGAUUCCCAGCUCGAGAUCCUUUGCCUAUCUCUGCUCCCCACAUUUUCCUGUCUGUAAAAUCUUAACUCUCCUAACCAAUAAAGGUGAAGAAUAUUAAGAUCAAUAUUGCAAAUUUUGAUGCUCUCGCCGGUGGAGCUGUGAAGGCAGACAUCGUUGUCGCCAGGGUGGCCAGAGCGAACUUUGACUUUGAGCGAACGUUUCGCUUUUUUCGCCACCUUCGAUGUGAACACACAGUCAUAAGCAAAUGUUGUGUAUAUUGUUAUAUAUUUUCUUGUUAUUGUGUGCAAAAAGAACCAGGCAACGAUUUCAGAUUUUCAGUUUUAUUCUCAGCACAUGAAGAAAUGACAAGAUUAAAACAAACAAACAAUCAGAAAUUCAGUGGCAUCAACACAGAAUGCAUUGGUGUAAAUGCAGCCUAAGCGUGUUCAUGUCAUGUAAUAAGAAUUUAAAAAACAGUUGAUUUUAUGUCUAUAAGCACACAUUUUAAGCGAAUAAGCUCACGGAUUGUUUUAUUGUACAGUACGACGGACAAAGAGGCACGUUUACUUGAAGAACACCUCCAAAGCUGAGUGUGUGUGCUUGUUUUCUAGUGGGACACUAUUGUUGAAGUAUUGUAAAUGGCGUUUUGUAAUGUGUGUGUGUGUGUGUGUUUGUUUGUGCUUAACUGUUAAAAAUUCGUUUAAAAAAACGAGCAAAUGAUUCACAAACAAAACUACAGUAGGUCAUUAUUCGUAUCUAAAUUGGUUUUACUUGUCGCACUUUAGCAAUUUUGUGUAAAUUGUUUUUCGUUUUUACAAAGAAAGCUGUUACUUUAUUUUUAGCGGCGUUUGUUAUGUACGGCUGCGAAUGUAUCGCCAUGUUGUGAAAUUGAACUUUGAUUUCAUUAUUUAGUCAUGUUGUGCUGUAGAUGUUUGUUAGUACCUUUGUUCGAAUUAUAUUCCACAUUCGAAAUACUAUGUUAAAUCAAUAAAGGCUUUCAACAGUG